UUGGGUAUGCUGCAAGGAGAUCGCAAACCCGAAUGUAGUAGUUGUGUGACGAGACUGUCAACCCGCCGCACGUUGUACCUGGCAAAAAGGGAACAAGUUCCCCACCCUACCUCGACGAUCCUGGUCUGCACCGAUAUAUACCUGGCGUUCCGGCGCCCAUCUCUGUAUCGGCCCGGUCUCUUCUACUCUCUCUCUUCGUCGUCGUCAGAUCUUCGCGAUCUAUUCAAUGGCCGAUAUUAUUGUCUUUCCUAGCCUCUUAAUCCGGUGAAUUGGGGAGUCUGGUAUUCCCCAUCGCGUGAUAAGGCUUCAUUCGUUCCAAUUCCUUCCAUAAUACUUUCUCACAGUAACCAUACGUAAAAAAUAUAUCCAUCAAUCCUAACUCAUGUAGCACGAGAAGGUAGUUCAGUCGAAAAUAAGGGCGACUCAAAGUUUUGUGAGAUUCAAGCAUUCUCACACGCUUAAGGACCGGACUCGGUUGGUGCAGUAGGCAUUAGACGUCCGACAUCAGUAAACGCGUCGAUACCAUUCAUCUAUCAACCCUAACCAUGGCUCCCGAAGUCACGUCAGCCAUGGCUGGGGCAACAAGGACGCUUUCCGAGCUAGCGAAACGAAUAUACAUCCCAUUGACAGCAACAAGCCCACCAGGCCUGGUAGAAGCGAACACAGUCGAUCCAUGGAGUCAAUCGGGGAAAUAUGGUUUGGGGUGGACAUAUUUCAGUUUGGCGUUGAUGGGAUUGGUGUUGCUGGUACGAAUAUGGCAUUGGUGGCAAGACAAGAUCAGACAGGCAAUAUAUAAGCAGGAGGUGGAACAACACUAUCGGGAUUUGUACACCCUCGAUCCCGAAUACGCGUUGGCAACAGGCAUGCACACUGGCCAAACUGGAAGACAAUUCUUUCCCGAAGAAGGCGCCGGAGGAGAGAAGAAAGACUUCAAGCCAAAAUCCGAUUUCUCUGCCGUUGGCCCAAUUUUGGAUGCGCUCGCGUUAUUCAGAUGGGUAUUUUACCGACCGAUACCAGAUAUCGUAUGGCGAAAACACCGAUUCACAUUUUCAUCGCUUGCUGUGUUGACGGUCGGUUUCGUCGCAUUGGCGUUCGUGUCGAUAUAUGUCUUCCUUAAGCAACCCCUAUAUUGGGAUAGCAUCCAAUAUGGUUCACCUCCGGUAGCGAUCCGAGCGGGUAUGAUAGCCGUUGCCAUGACCCCUUGGAUUGUUGCGACGAGCAUGAAGGCCAAUUUGCUCACACUCAUCACGGGAAUCGGACCUGAGCGACUUAACGUGUUCCACCGAUGGGCAGGUUAUCUCUGCCUUUUCCUCGUCCUCGUUCAUACUAUCCCGUUUUAUAUCCAGCCGGUGUGGGACGACGGUGGUAUGGCUGUUUUUUCUAAGUUGUUUCCCCAAGGAAGUGGUGUUAUCUAUGGCACUGGUAUCGCGUGCCUAGUACCUCUGAUUUGGUUAUGUGUUGCUUCCCUCCCUUUUAUUCGCAGGAUGGCGUAUGAAGUCUUCGUCACGCUUCACGUGCCCGUUGGGUUCGUGUACCUCGGUUGCCUCUUCUGGCACACCAAAAACUAUCUGGCAUCAUGGGAUUAUCUAUAUGCCACGAUAGCUAUUUGGGUACUCUGCUAUUUUCUCCGAAUUUUCAAGCUCAAUUGGGUUAAGCCAUGGCGAAUGUCGUUCUUGGUAGGAGACGAAGCGGCAAUCACCCUCAUGACUGAAAAUGCCAUAAAAAUCACAAUCCCCACACAAAUGAAGUGGACACCUGGGCAGUAUGUAUAUCUGCGAAUGCCUGGUAUCUCAUUUUUCGACAACCAUCCGUUCACCAUCUCGUCACUCUGUAGCGAGGAUUUCCCAUCAGAAUAUGGCGAGCAGUAUAGGGACUGCACUCUAGUAUUCAAGCCGUACGGUGGAUUCACUCGACGAGUUCUUGAGACAGCUAUUGAGAAAGGACCAUUCCACACAUAUCGGGCAUAUCUCGACGGGCCAUAUGGUGGUAUGCGUCGUGAACUCGCCGCGUUCGACACAUGUAUCUUGAUUGCUGGUGGGAGUGGUGUGACAGCGUUGAUGUCGCAGCUAUUAAACUUGAUCAAACGAAUGCGCGAUGGCAAGGCUAUCACUAAGAAGGUGGUUGUUGUAUGGGCCCUGAAGCGACUCGAGGCGAUGGAUUGGUUUCGAGAAGAGCUACGUAUUUGCCGAGAUUCCGCACCACCAGAGAGCGUGACUUGCAAGUUCUUCGUUACUGCUGCUAAGAGACAGUCUCAUAUGCCAGCCCCCCGAGAACGAGGACCGCGGCCACUCAGUAAUAUGUUCCACGACAAAUUGGAUGGUUUCGUAACAAACGUUGCCGCAAAACGUAAUUCCCAAUUAAUCCGGGAUGAAGCGCAAGGCAAUGUAGAUUACGAGCGCCAGCUGCGAGCAGAGGACGAGGACAGAAUCACCGCCCUUCCUCAACAGAAGUACCUGCAACCGCAUCAUAUACCACCACAAGGCCCGCCACCUUCGAAUCGCUUGUCGGCUCAAGAGGAGUCGCUCCGUAGGCUCGAAGGUCGAGAUCAAAGUGAUACCGAAGAUCGCGAACAAGCAGUUGUCCCGGACACAACGAAUGGUUAUCCUGAAGAUAAGCCGAAACGAGAAUUCCAUUUUCCACCACUCCACACACGACCCGAACAACAACCGCAUUUCAACUUGGCACCUCCAUCACCACGAAGGGUUCCUCCUAAUGCUGAAGAUGCCCAAGAUGGCUCUCAAGAGAACGUGAUCAGGCCACCCGAGUUCGCUCAUCUCUGUACAACAAAUUUGCCAAACCAACAACCAAGUGGAAGACCUACAUCGACAUUUGGUCCACCUUCAGGUUUCGAUUUUGGAUUCCCAGAGACGCCGACCGAGUUUCAAAAGAGUCUUAUGCGCUUCGCAUUUCCCGUGCCGCAUCAGAUUGACGGAGGUUGGAGUGUUGAGUAUGGUCGCCCGGACCUUGGGUACAUGUUACGGGAAUGGACGAUGGGUGGUCCAGAUGGCCGUGGUAUCUUGGGUAGGAGAACAGCGGUGUUUGUCUGUGGGCCGCCAAGCAUGCGUGUCGGUGUCGCCAACACGGUCGCAAGGUUACAAGCAGAGAUCUGGGGUGAUCCUCAACUAGAGGAGAUCUUCUUACAUACCGAGAAUUAUGCACUAUAAAUUAAAUCGGGGAGUAUUAUAAAGAAAAAGAAGUUGUAUAUAUGUAAAUUCGGUAUGUGGGGGACAUGCGACGAAAUGAUGCAAAAAUAUGACGAUGGGCGGCGUUUUGGGACGGAAGAUACCACUACUAAUUCGGGCGCAUAUACCAAACCUCGGAUGGUGUUCCAGGUGUGUACCUAUUAUAUAUAAAUGGAUGGUCGAAGGGAUUGACGAUACUUCCUUGGUGUUCGCAUCGAACUCAAGGACACAAAUAUUUCUUACAGUUGCUUAACCUAAUUAAUUCCAAUGAGCGAUAUUACCACUCAAGCC